CUGCGUUGACUUGACUCUUUUAACUACGCGUCCGUCCCGCAUUGGUUCACCAUUAUCAACCAUUUUUCCGAUACAAAAUUCCGAAACGUACAAGCGCGGCAUCCAACCACCUUCCAACCAUUUCUGUCCCCUCUCUACCGUCGGAGACGACGGAGCAAAAGCAUUCUUUCCUCCGCCGUCUCAAAAACCCUCGCCAGUUGACCGGACUUACUCCACCGCUGCGCCUAAUGGCUCAUCCAUGGCCUAUCCUGGCCGCUUUCGUCUUCAUCAUAUUCGAUUUCCACGGCGUCGAUUCCGCGGCCGUCGAUUCAGCGGCCGCCGAUGCCGAUGAUAAUCCCGCUCCACCUCUCCACCCCUAAUCUAUCCGCUCAUCGGAGAUCCUUCAACGACGAUUUCAACCGCCGGCAUCUGCAGAAUUCAGACCUUCCGAAUGCUCGAAUGCGCCUCUAUGACGAUCUCCUCACUAAUGGUUACUACACUACUCGGCUGUAUAUAGGAUCGCCGCCGCAGGAAUUCGCUCUUAUUGUGGAUACCGGUAGCACCGUGACUUAUGUUCCCUGCUCGAACUGCGAACAGUGUGGCAAGCACCAGGAUCCAAGGUUCCAACCAGAGUUGUCAAACACAUAUCAAGCUUUGAAGUGCAACCCUGGUUGUAAUUGUGAUGACGAUGGGAAGCAGUGCACUUACGAGAGGCGAUACGCCGAGCAGAGUUCCAGCAGCGGUGUGCUUGCCGAAGAUGUCAUUUCCUUUGGGAAUGAAAGCCAGCUCGCCCCUCAGAGGGCUGUGUUUGGUUGUGAAAAUAUGGAAACUGGUGAUCUGUACAGCCAGAGGGCAGAUGGGAUUAUAGGUUUGGGUCGUGGUCGGCUUAGUAUUGUGGAUCAACUUGUUGAGAAGAGCGUCAUAAGUGACUCAUUUUCCUUAUGCUAUGGUGGGAUGGAUGUUGGUGGUGGUGCGAUGGUUCUUGGUGGAAUCUCUCCCCCAUCUGAUAUGGUUUUUACACAUUCCGAUCCUUAUCGCAGUCCAUAUUACAAUAUUGAGCUGAAGGGUCUGCGAGUGGCUGGGAAGCCAUUGAAGAUAAAUCCUAAAGUCUUUGAUGGACGGCAUGGGACAGUUCUGGACAGUGGAACUACAUAUGCGUACCUUCCAGAAGAAGCAUUCAUUGCACUUAAAGAUUCUAUAAUGAAGGAAAUCAGUGUUCUCAGACAGAUCCAUGGCCCUGAUCCAAACUACAAUGACAUUUGCUUUUCUGGCGCUGGAAGGGUGGUCUCUGAAUUGUCAAAGAUAUUUCCAACCGUGGACAUGGUGUUCGGCAAUGGUCAAUCAUUGACAUUGUCUCCAGAGAACUACCUCUUUCGGCACACAAAAGUCAGUGGUGCAUAUUGCUUUGGGAUUUUCCAGAAUGGAAAGGAUCCAACUACUCUUUUAGGAGGAAUCAUAGUUCGCAAUACUCUUGUAACAUAUGAUCGAGAAAAUGAUAAGAUAGGAUUUUGGAAGACUAAUUGCUCUGAGCUUUGGAAGGGACUGCAAGUUCCUGGAGCUCCUGCUCCAGCACCUAACACUGUGCAUAUGAAUAAUUCUAGUAACAGGAGUCAAAACGUGCCUCCUGUACAGCCGCCUAAUGGGCUGCCUACAAAACACAUUCCAGGUGAAGUCAGAAUUGCAAUUAUAACAUUUGACAUGCUGAUUGUGGUCAAUGACACCUCCACAAAGCCCAACCUCACAGAAGUGGCUGAUGUCAUUGCUCAUGAGUUAGAAGUUGACAACUUGCAGGUGCAAAUGUUGAAUGCCACACCGAAAGGAAACGAGUAUCAGGUGAAGUGGGCCUUGUAUCCUGCUGCAUCAACAGAAUACAUAUCUAAUAGCACAGCAAUGAGUAUCCUUCUCCGGCUGAAGGAGCAUCGGUUGCAAUUUCCUGAGAGAUAUGGGAACUAUCAGCUAGUUAAAUGGAAAGUCGAACCUCAAAGAAAGCUGUCAUGGUGGCAGCAACAUCUCGUGGCGGUGGCCAUUGGGAUAUUGGUCACUGUAGUUAUCGGGUUAUCGAGUCUAGGUGUGUGGCUGGUGUGGAGACGUAGACAGCAAACCUUAGGUACGUAUGAACCAGUAGGUGGGAUCGUUCCUGAGCAAGAGCUUCAGCCGUUAUGAUGACGUUUUGAGGGAUCCCCCCCAUGACCACAGUUCUUGUAGUAGUGCAUAAUGCCAUAGAAAAGAAGGAAGAAAGAAGCCGGUACCUUCUCGGUCCGGUGAGAUUGCAGACAUUCGAAUGAUGAUGCCCUUUCCACAAGCUGUUUGUAUAAUAGGAAAACGCUAUUGAGUUGCAUAGGAACUUUGUUGGACUGAUAAAACUGCAUAACAUGAGUCGCUUUUUUGUACCUUGAAGUAAUAGUGGUGAAUGAAAUAGUUGGGUUGUGUGGAGAAACUGUGUUUCAUUUGGUCAUAUAUCAGCUACAUGCCGGAGCUAGCUGGUUGGAAGUUCGUACCACUGUUUUUUUUUUUACAUCACAUAAGCCUCUUUGAC